AUAUGGAAAUAAUUAAUGUGAUGACUCAUGACUUUAUAUAUAAGGAACGAUUUUUCCAAAGAAACGGCGAUUCUUCCCUUCUUUAACAUUUUGACUCAUCUCUUUCUCUCCACGAUUCAUCAUCACAGUUAAAAAAAAAAAAUCAUCUCUAGUUUCUCUCUCUUUAGAUAAUUAUUACAGAGCAAGAGAGAUGGAGAGAGGAGGAACAAGAAGAGUAAAGUUCACAGAGCAUUGCACGGUCAAACCCGUGCCAGCUAAGCCAUCUAACGGCUCUCCAAGAGUUGUCCGAAUCGCUUUCACUGACCCUUUCGCCACUGACUCAUCCAGCGACGAAGACGACAAGCUUUCUCCAACUCCAAGAGUGAAACGGUACGUAGAGGAGAUUAGAUUCGGUGAAACCAAACCCUCCUCUUCCUCCAAAGCACCGAGAAAAACUAGAUGCAAGGCAGAGAAACGCAGCGACGAAAUAAAGUAUGACGUGGCAGCGAAUCCUCCUAGAAAGUACAGAGGCGUGAGGAAGAGAGUGUGGGGAACCUUCGCGGCGGAGAUUAGAGACUCGUCGACGCGUACUCGGAUUUGGUUAGGGACUUUCUCUACGGCGGAGGAAGCUGCUUUGGCUUACGAUCGAGCCGCGAUUCGUCUCAGAGGUCAUAACGCUCUGACUAAUUUUCUCACUCCGCCGGCUUCGCCGGGAAAAUCGCCGGUUAUCGAUCUGAAAACGGUCUCCGGAUCUAAUUCCGGGAGCCAGAGCCUCUGUUCUCCGACGUCUGUUCUUCGGUUCAACGUCAAAGAGGAAACGGAGCUGGAGACGGAACCAAUCGAUCUUUCGGCGGCGGAGGUAUCAGGUUUGUUCCCGGAUCCGUAUACCUUGCCGGAGUUUUCUCUCGCCGGCGAGUACUUUUGGGACUCCGAAACUCCUCCUGAGCCUUUGUUUCUGGAUGAAAUUGAAAUCCCUAAACCGGUAAUAAACCGGAAGGAGGAGAACGGACCGGAAGAUUUCUCGUUUCAUUUGAAUGAAGAUUUCGAUUCAUCUCCGUGGGAAGUCGACGAUUUCUUCGAGCCUGAUUAAUGAAAAUUUGAUUUUUUGUUUUUACUGGCUCUGAGAAUUUUGUGAUGAUGAUGAUGACGUGGCUGCAUCUUGGCCGCGUAUGCUUGCCUUUUUCGUGCAUUGACGUGGACGGUUCUGAUAGGUUGGAUGAUGGAGCGCGAGAAUUGCUCUGUUAAUUGUGGCUGGUAAUUUAGUUAAGAUAAAAAAAAUGUCAGUGUAUUAAGGUUUUUGGCCCAACAUUUUCGUUAUUUGCUUGUCUCAACGUGAGGAAGCAGAACAUAC